AUGAAUUCUAACACGUAUUAUCCCGGAUUACGGAAUCAUCCAAAUUUCCGAUACGGCAAUCCCACGAAUCAAAUGAAUCCUAACUUUCAAGGAUCAAGCCAACAAGGUGGACAACAACAAUUCCAGCCUCGUCAACAAAACUUUCAAGGUAACUAUCAAAGGGGGCAAUUCAAUCAAGGAUUUAAUCAAGGUGGGUACCAACAAGGAAUACCUCAACAACAAGGGUACUCAAGAAAUUUCCAACAAGGUCAAAGUCAAAAUCAAGGCCAAGCAAGUUCAUCACAAGGAAAUGCAAACAAUGAAGGUUCAACCAAAAAUGGUAAGUCUUAUGAGAACAAUGUUGAAACUCCAUCACAAUUUGUUGAAGGUGUGGUGGAGGAUGUUAGUGACGAAUCCGAUAAUGACCAAGAAAUAGAAACUCAUGUUACUAAAACUCAACCUUAUCAAACUUUUAAAAAUUCAACAAAUCAAGAGGUUGUGGGUAAUGAGUCUACUAAAGUGACGGAUAAGGGUAUGGAGACUAAUACCGCCCCAUAUCCUUCCGCUUUAGUAAAUCCGGUGAAAGCAUCGAUUUAUGGGAAAAGGGGACCCCAAUCUGAGGAAAUGUGGGAUGUCUUUAAGCAAGUCAAAAUUAACUUACCGUUGAUUGAUGCGAUUCGUCAAAUCCAUUCUUAUGCAAAAUUUUUGAAAGAUUUAUGUACUAAAAAACGACAACAUAAGUUACCUAAGAAGCUCGAUUUGACAGCUAAUGUAAGUGCAAUUUUGUCAAGUUCUCACCCACAAAAACUUAAAGAUCCCGGGGCACCCCUCAUUUCCAUCCAAGUGGGUGAUGUUAGCAUUAAACGAGCACUAUUAGAUUUGGGAGCAAGUGUUAGUAUCCUCCCGGGGAGUUUAUAUGACCAACAUGACUUUGGUCCACUUAAGCAAACUGACAUUACUGUUGUAAUGGCGGAUAUGUCACCUAAACUCCCUAGGGGAAUGCUACAUGAUGUAAUUGUGAAAAUUCAGGACUUUUAUUAUCCCGUUGAUUUUUAG